AUGGAAUCUACCCACACAAACUCAUCAGUGGUGGAGUUUGAGCUGGCUGGAUUCCCUGACCUGGAGAACUAUGACACACUGCUCUUUGUCAUCCUGCUGGUGAUCUACCUCCUCAUCCUCAGUGCCAACACCAUCAUCUUCACCAUCAUCUGUGCCACCUGCCACCUUCACAUCCCUAUGUAUUUUUUUAUUGCCACACUGGCUGCCUUGGAGGUAUUCUACACGACUGUCACCAUGCCCAGAACACUGGUGGACCUUCUGAGAAGGAAGAAGUCCAUCUCCUUCAGUAGCUGCCUUCUGCAAAUCUAUUUCUUCCAUAGCCUGGGGAUCUCAGAGGCCUGUUUGCUCACAGUGAUGGCCUACGACCGCUACUUGGCCAUCUGCACCCCAUUGACCUAUACAACCACCAUGACAACCAAAUUUUGCUUUCAGCUGGUGCUGGGAUGCUGCACCUGUGGCUUCUUAUGUCCGUUGCCAGAAAUCCUCCUGACUUCCUGGUUGCCCUUCUGUCAGCAUAGCUACAUUGAUCACAUAUUCUGUGAUUUCCCUCCACUGAUCAGCUUGGCUUGCACAGAUAUAUCAAUCAACACUGUGGUAGACUUCUCCUUCCAUUCAGUGGUCAUCCUGAUCCCCAUCUCUCUCAUCCUUUUUUCAUACCUAAAGAUACUGAAAGUCACCCUCAUGAUCAAGAGUUCACAAGGACGCCAGAAGGCUUUUUCUACCUGUGCAUCCCACCUCACUGUGGUCCUUACUUUUUUUGGAACCACCAGUUUCAUGUACAUGCGGCUGUCAUGGAUGGGGUCGGUCCAUUAUGAUAGGAUCAUAGCGGUAAUCUAUGCCUUCCUCAUCCCUCUCUUCAACCCUAUUAUCUACAGUUUAAGAAACAAAGACAUUAGGGAUGUGAUUAGAAGGAUCAUUAGUUCUUCUGCCCCAAACAUGUGGCAGAAAUAG